UGGCGAACUGAGGAGCGGAGUCGUGGGGAAUAAUCGCCCUGGGGAGGACGGUAGUUAGAGUGAGGGUCUCCGGCUAGGCCUGGGGGGGCGUCUGAGUGAAUGACUGGGGGCUCUCGGGGGUUUCUUUUGGGGAGGCGGCAAGGGGAGAUUCUAGGGAGCCCUUGCUACAGCCUUCCUGCCCGGAGGAAUCAAGGGGGAUUUACAAAGGAGUUAACUGGAGAUACAGCGGUGAAGGGAACCGGGGGAGGUUCCUGCCUCUCCCGGAAAGCCCUAAGCCUGUGAAGGGGGCCCAUGAGGCAGUUAGACGGAAGCCCUGCCGGGUGGUCUAAUUUGAUUUCAGUUUGCACGUCCUGGGGGUGAGAACUGAAGGGCAGGCUGACAGUGUGGGUGGCAGGGGCUGCAGGUGGAUGUGAAGAGGGGGAACCUGCAGGGGCGCUGCUUGCCUCUGUGGCCCCUCUGUCCUGCGCCCUCCUUCCUGAGAGCUGGGAAGGAGUGUGCCUUUCCCCUCUCCAUGGGAUCUGGAACAGCUGGGAACCUUUGCAGUCACCAGAAAGCCUCCACAGCCUUCUCCCCGAAGGAUCCUCGGCGUGGGGUCUUCCUCCUCCCUCCUCCUAGAUCCUCCUUGUCUGCGAACAGACGCCCUGCGCCCUCCGUGAAGUGGAGCCAGGCGUUGCCAACCUCCUGCCAUCUUGGGCUGUUCCUGCCCUGCUCUCAUGGCCUCCUCAGCCCCCAGUUCACCACUCCGCUCGGAGGAUCUCCUGAGUGAGUCGUCAGAAGCCCCUGGGCCGAACCAGGUGUCGUCUGAGGUGACGGCCCAGCUGUACACUUCCCUGCACCUGAGCCGGCAGGCCGAGGCCACAGCCCGGGCCCAACUCUACCUAGCUUCCACUUCCUCGCCUCCCCCCGAGGCCUUGGACGGCUUGACCCAAGAGUUGAGCCGCAGCUUGUCAGUUGGAUUGGAGAACAACUUGAAGAAAAAGGAUGGUUCUAAGCACAUCUUUGAGAUGGAGAGUGUUCGGGGCCAGCUGCAGACCAUGCUCCAGACCUCUCGCGAGACAGCCUAUAGUGCUGCCACAGAGAAACGGGAUGAAGACUCCUUCGACAGUGACAGCACAGCCACCUUACUCCAUACACGGCCGCUGCAAGACUUCCCUUCACCCAGCUCGGCGCAGGCUCUAGAGGAGUUGUUCCCUCGCUACACCAGCCUUCGGCCUGGACCCCCACUCAAUCCUCCGGACUUCCAGGGGCUGAAAGAUGCGCUGGAUUCAGAACAUACACGCCGCAAGCAUUGCGAGCGCCACAUUCAGAAUUUGCAGACCCGGGUGCUAGAGCUCCAGCAGCAGCUGGCCGUGGCUGUGGCUGCUGACCGCAAGAAAGAUGUCAUGAUUGAGCAGCUGGACAAGACCUUGGCCCGUGUAGUGGAAGGCUGGAACCGGCACGAGGCUGAGAGAACAGAGGUGCUUCGGGGACUUCAAGAAGAGCGCCAGGUGGCAGAACUCACCAGAAGCAAGCAGCAAGAGACAGUGACCCGCCUGGAACAAAGCCUUUCCGAGGCCAUGGAGGCCCUGAAUCGGGAGCAAGAAGCUGUUCGGCUGCAGCAGCAGGAAAGAGAGACGCUGGAAGAGGAAAGGCAAGCCCUAACCCUGACCUUGGAGGUGGAGCAGCAGCGGAGCCGUGCCCUACAGGAAGAGCGGGACGCUGCUCGGGCUGGGCAGCUGAGCGAGCAUCGCAAGCUGGAGGCCCUGCAAGUGGCCCUGGAGGAAGAGCGGCAGACCUGGGCCCAGCAGGAGCGCCAGCUUAAAGAGCGCUGCCAGGCGCUGCAGGAGGAAGGCCAGGCUCAGCUGGAGAGGGAGAAGGGGAGCAGCCAGAGGGAGGCCCAGGCUGCGCGGGAGGCGCAGCAGCAGCUGGCGCUGGCACGCUCCGAGGUGCGGCGGCUGGAAGGAGAGCUGGACGCGGCCCGGAGAGGGAGGGACGCCCUGCAACUGGAAAUGAGCUUGGUGCAGGCCCGCUAUGAAAGCCAGCGGAUCCAGAUGGAAUCGGAGCUGGCGGUGCAGCUGGAGCAGCAGGUGACGGAGCGGCUGGCACAGGCUCAAGAAAGUAGCAUCCGACAGGCCACUUCCCUGCGGGAGCAUCACAGGAAGCAGCUACAGGACCUCAACGGGCAGCACCAGCAAGAACUGGCUGCUCAGCUGGCUCAGUUCAAGGUGGAAAUGGCAGAGCGAGAGGAAAGGCAGCAACAGGUGGCACAGGACUACGAGCUCAGGCUGGCCCGGGAGCAGGCGCGAGUGCGAGACCUGCAGAGUAGGACGCGACAGCUGGAGGAGCAGCGCACAGAACUGGUGGAGCGACUCCAGGCCAUGUUGCAGGCCCACUGGGAUGAGGCCAGCCAGUUGCUCAGCGCCUGUCUUCCGCCUGCUGACCCUCCGGUUCCUCCUGCUGACCCCUCCAGCCCUGGGCCCCGGGAGCCAGAAGAGGGAGAGAAGCACUUCUGGACUGUGCCCCCUGUGGCCGUGGCUCUAAAGCCCGUUCUGCAGCAGAGCCGGGAGGCAAGGGAGGAGCCACCUGGGGGACCCCCACUUCUCGGCAGCCCCUCCUCAGACCUCAGCCUCUUCCUGGGACCCCCCUUCCACAGCCAGCAUUCAUUCCAGCCUCUGGAACCCAAACCAGAUCUCACUCCACCCACAGCCGAGGCCUUCUCUGCCCUCAAGGCCUUCCACCCGGAUCAUGGAGCAGAGCGGCCAUUCCCCGAGGAGGAACCUGGAUCUGAUGGAGAUGGCUUCCUGAAGCAAAGCCUGCCGCCGGCCUCCCAGUUGGAGGGCCUCAAAAACUUCUUGCAGCAGCUGCUGGAGACAGCUCCACAGAGCAACCCCUCGGUUGAUCUGUUGCCCCCUAAGACUGGUACACGGAGUGCCCCCUCAUGGGAGGACGCCCCUCAAGUGCCACGCCUUCCACCCCCUGUCCACAAGACCAAAGUCCCCUUAGCCAUGGCGUCCAGUCUGUUCCGGGCCCAUGACUCUUCGCAGUCACAAGACAGCGGUCCUGGCAGGGGCACUCCAGACAGAGGUGGAGACAGGCCAGCCUCCCCGAAGCAGCUGAUGGAGGUGUCCCAGCUGCUGCGGCUGUGCGAGGCUCGGGGCUGGGGGGCUCUGCCUGCUGAGGACGUGCUGCUGUACUUGAAGAGGCUGGAGCACAGCGGGACUGAUGGCCGAGGGGACCAUGUCCCCAGAAGGAAUGCAGACUCCCGCCUGGGUGAGAUGCCCCGGAAAGAGAUUGCCUCUCAGGCUGUCCCUCGCCGCCUCACCACAGCCCCUAGGACUGAGAAAGCUCCCUCACGCAAGAAGAGUGGAGCCUCUGCCCUUGGCAAUGUGAGGGGCCGAGGGGGUGUCUGGAGAUAGACGCCCGCCCUUCCUCUUUGCUUCCUUCUUCCUGCUCUUGGCAUGAUCCUAUAAGCACACAGUGGCCUGUGUUAGAACCUGAGACUCAAAGGAAUGGGCAAAAUGAAGAUCUUGUAGGAAGCCACUAUGUGAAAGAGCCAUUUGUUUUUGAUGUGUGUUGUAUAUAUAUGUAUAUAUGUGAUGUCCUACGGGAAGAAUACAAGUGCUUACAAGGAAGAUGGUCUCUGACUGGCUUCUAGAAGAUUCUAGAAGUGUCCAGGUGAGCCUGUGCAUCAGAUCACAAGGGUAAAACCUGGUCAGUGAUGGAAUUGUGGAUGAUCCUUAUAUUUUGAAAUACAUUUCUGUUUUCUAAAUUUUCUAAACAAAUAUGUAUAGCUUCAAUAAUCACAAACUGUAUCCUUUUUUAAUUAAAAGAAUAAGUUAUUGUA